CCUCCACAAGUGGAAAAAUAUUUCACCCCGGUACUUGUGGCAGUCUGGGUCCUCUCAGUGGCCAAAGAGCAGAGAGAAAAUCUGACUGUUUGAUGACCAUAGGGCGAAACCAGGAGCACGACUUCGACCUGAAGGCACCUCUUCAGGGGGAGUCUGAAAUUUGAAGAUUUUCUUCCCCCAACGGAGACUCCAAACAAAUAAAUAGAGAAAACUCUCCAAGAUGACUGUCACUUAUUCCAGUAAAGUGGCAAAUGCGACUUUUUUUGGAUUUCAUAGGUUACUCCUCAAGUGGAGAGGCAGCAUCUACAAACUACUGUACCGGGAAUUCAUUGCUUUUGCUGUCCUUUACACAGCAAUAAGCUUUGUGUACAGAUUGUUACUUACAGGAGCCCAAAAACGUUACUUUGAAAAAUUAUCAAUUUACUGUGACAGAUAUGCUGAACAAAUUCCAGUAACCUUUGUGCUUGGAUUUUACGUCACCCUCGUAGUGAACCGAUGGUGGAACCAGUUUGUGAACCUGCCCUGGCCAGACAGACUGAUGUUCCUCAUCUCCAGCAGUGUUCAUGGCAGUGACGAGCAUGGACGCCUCCUCAGAAGGACGCUGAUGCGUUAUGUCAACCUCACGUCCCUGCUCAUCUUCCGCUCAGUGAGCACGGCUGUCUACAAGAGAUUCCCUACCAUGGACCAUGUGGUUGAAGCAGGUUUUAUGACAGCAGAUGAAAGGAAAUCAUUUGACCGUCUCAAAUCUCCUCAUCUAAAAUACUGGGUUCCAUUUAUCUGGUUUGGAAAUCUCGCAGCAAAAGCCCGGAAGGAAGGCAGAAUCAGAGACAGUGUUGACCUGCAGUCACUGAUGACAGAAAUGAAUCGAUACCGUUCUUGGUGCAGCCUCUUAUUCGGUUACGACUGGGUUGGGAUUCCGCUGGUUUACACCCAGGUUGUCACUCUGGCCGUCUACACCUUCUUCUUCGCGUGUCUGAUUGGACGCCAGUUUUUGGAUCCCAGCAAAGGCUAUGCAGGACAUGAUUUAGAUCUUUACAUUCCAGUCUUUACUCUCCUGCAAUUCUUCUUCUAUGCAGGAUGGCUCAAGGUGGCUGAGCAGCUCAUCAACCCUUUUGGAGAAGAUGAUGAUGACUUUGAAACUAACUGGUGCAUUGACCGAAAUUUGCAGGUGUCUCUGUUAGCUGUGGAUGAAAUGCACAUGAGUUUACCCAAGAUGAAGAAGGACAUUUACUGGGAUGAUUCUGCCGCUCGACCACCAUACACACUGGCAGCAGCUGACUACUGCAUCCCCUCCUUUCUCGGAUCAACAGUUCAAAUGGGGCUGUCUAGGUCCAGCAUCCCUGGUGAAGACUGGCUGUGGGAUUAUGAGAAGCAUGGCCAUCGUCACUCUGUGAUUAGAAAAGUCAAGAGGUUCCUGAGCACGCACGAAAAUCCCUCAAGCCCGCGGAGGAGAAGCUAUGGGCGGCAGGCCAGUGAUAGUUCCGUGUUCUUCCCCCCGGUGGACGUCAGCCCCACCAGGGACCUGCUGGAUGUGCCCUCCAGUAGCCCGCACCGUACCUCGGCCUUCCGGAAGCAAGCCAGGUCCCAGGAGGGAAGCCCCAAGCUGCAUUCCAGCGUGGGAGAGCUGUCCACAAUCAGGGAGACCAGCAGGACGAGCACUUUGCAGAGCCUGACCCCACAGCCCAGCGUGAGGGCCUCCCCUACCAAAAUGCCACAGGUCCCUGAGGUGCUGAUCACAGCAGAAGAGGCAUCAGAAAAUCACCACCACCAUCACUCUCUGGCCUCCAUCCAGAGUUCAGAUUUUACUGGCGUUCAGCCAAGCCAACCUAGGCCCCAGGAGGACCCUAUUGGACUGAUCUCGUUUCCCCCAGAAAAAGAGACAACCCCUGAAGAGCCCAGUCGCCAGACCAUUCCAGUCAUAACUGAGAGAAAUAUCCUUGACUUUCCUUCAGAGGAAUACCCGGAUGAGAAUGGCUUGUUCCCCAAAAGGUGGAGCCUCCCAGGGUUCCUGGAGUCCAGUCACACCUCCUUGGCAGGACUAAAUCCAGAUCCCGUGAGCUCUGAGCCCGCUCUUUUACGGGACACAGAAACAUCCUCACAGUCCAGUGGUAUCAGUUUUGUGGCUGGCUCUCCAGACACUCAUGAUGUGCUGUAUUUAAUUGAAAACCUGGACACCAAGGAAACAGAUAUCAUAGAGCCUAACAACGAGCAAAACGAGGAAUCCCCCAAAGGAAUGCCAGAAAGUUCUAGGACCUGGUUCUAGUCUAGAGUUUUAAGUUCAGCAUUAGUUCCAGAACAUAUCUGGGGGGCUGGUCAGUUUCUUUUUAAAGAUAGCACUAUAUAUGAUACUUAAAACUUAGAAAGUCAUUACAAUCCUGAGGUUGUGCAAACUGAGAAAAUCAAACACAUCCACAUCAUCCAUCACUAAGCAUCUUUUACAGAAAUGAUGCAGACCACAGUGACAUAGCUUAACCAAAUGUAGAAUAUCAAAUAUAUAUACAUGAUUUAUAAAUUCAUAGAGUUAGCUUUAGAAACAGUCUUAUAAACUACAACAACAAAAUAACAAGGGCAACAAAAGGGAAUAAAUAUUAAAAAAAAAAAAAAAGAAAGAAAGAAAGAAAGAAAAAGAAACAGUCUUAUAGACCAUUGUCCAAUCCCACCGUUUUGCCAGUUGGAGACAAAGAACUAUUCAUUUCUAUUUUUUCUCUUCAAUAUAAAAAUAGGACAAUAGAUAUAGAAUGCCUCAGACAUACUUCCUAACUAUGAUUCUCUGUUGAAAACAUUCUAACCAUAUCACUCCUGUAAUUAUUUUCACUUCCAAUUCUUUGUUUUAAGAUUUAUUUAUUCAUUAAUGAGAGUAAGAGAAGGAGGGAGGGAGCGUGGAAAGGAGGGGUGGGGGGGAGAGAGGACAAACCAGAAUAUCACUCCAAAAAACACACCACCAGUGAUCAAAUUUGGUCUGGACUAUCUGUUUGUGAGUCCGACGCUUUACCCACUGCAUCACUUCCUGCGUUGCUUCCCAUUCUAACUCUUGAAUUUCAUCAGCUUCAACCCUCUUCAAUUUCCUCUUUUCCUUUCAGCACUGCAUUUUUUUUCUUCUCUUCUCUUUUAUUCUCCUCCUUCCCUUCUCCCUAGUCUUGCUCCUUCUCUGUGACUCCAGUCUGUCCCACUUUUCAGGCUUUGCUUUCUCUCGCCCAUUUCACUGCUUACUUCUUGCCAUUGCUUUCAAAAUCUGAGGCGCUGGUGAAGUCUCCUACAGAGUGACCACAGAUAUCAAUAAACCCAGCUUGACACACUUCAGUCUCACUGUGAAAGAGAGUCCUGGCCAUUUCUCUCUGCACUUUUUCUUUGGUCUUAAACACUGGAAAAAACCAAAACUGAGAAAAUGUGAAAUUUAUAUAACCAAAACCAGCAAAUGACAUGACUUGAAUCUAUUAGACUCUUAAAACAAAAAUCCCAUUGGUAUCACAACGUGGGACCAGUUAAUCAAUGUCUGCCAGAUUGUUUGGGAUGAGGCAAGCUAUUGGAGCUGGGAGAUGAAGGGGGUCCAAGACUUCAAGAUAGGGAUGGGGUGAUGACUAAUUCCUUCCAAGGAGCUCUUGGAAGUGGCUGUUCGUUAAAGCCUCUUUGUCUGGAAGGCCUUGUACUCAGUAUAUCUGUCACACAAUACAACUGGACUACUGAUAGCUUAUACAAUAAAAUAACCCUAAUAACUACUA